UCGAGAAGGACGAAAAUAAUUUGAAGGAUAUUAGAACGACGACAAGGACGAAAAAAGAAUAAUAAAGAUAUUACGACGACUAGAAGGACGAAAAGAUGUGGAAAAUGUCGACCUCCAUAUUGCUUUUAAGGCGACUAUGGGCAUCAAAGCACUACCAGGUGGAGAACUGGGGGAUCCUGAGGACCGGCGUGUCAGCAUUGUGCACCACUCACAAAGACGAGGCUGUAAAGAGCACAGAAAAGACAGCAAAUGAUACAGAUGAGAGAGCAGCCCUACUAACACACAAGACAGCAGUGUCUUUCCCUACGAGGGUUUCGAACAACGGAGCUUUUCCAACGCAGCCUCUGGGAAUCGCAAUAUCAGUGUCCGCAGGCAAAGUAGUGGAUGCAUUGCCUGUCAUUGAUACACGUUCUCCUGUGGCAGUUGACGCUUUCACUCCAGCUCCAGCCCCAGGUCAUGCAGCCACAACCAAGACACUCUAUUCUAAACAUGGUGAUCAAUCAAGGGCUAAAAUCACUUCCUCCUCAUCCAGUGACUCUUCAGAUUCUGAUUCUGAGUCUGAUUCUGAGUCAGAAGAUGACAACUUUGAAACUUCGACCUCUGUGCAAGAGGUCCCAGAAUUGCGACAGAUUACACAAAUAAAAUUCCAACAUAUAACAUCCAAAGAAAACGGUGAUUCUAAUAAACCUAAUAAGGAGGUUUUAGCAGAACGUGAGGCUAAGAAUGCCUCUUCUACCUUGCCAGCUGAAGCUGCACAUACAGAAGCUUCUAAAAAUACCAGCGAGGGACAAAAUGUUCGGACUGUUGAAGACCUAAUAGACUCUGCCCCACAACUCCAGGAUGUGCCAGAAGAUCUAUCGGAUACCACUGAGACAGAAUUACAAUCUGAAGCAGGUUCUUCUUCAGAAUUAAUUGCACAUGUCAUAUCUCCCAAUCUCCCUGUAAGAGUUGAAGAUUCAGCAGGUAAAGCUGUGAUUGAGGUUUCAUCACCAGGGCAGCAUCCAUCUUGUGGUCUUGUAGAAAUCACAGAGCCUGUGCGUCCUGAAGUGUCUGCAAAUACUGCACACCUGCAUGUUGAGGAUGAGUCUGUCCUUCAAGGAACUGUUGAGCCUCCUUGCGGAACUGCCGUUGUGCAAGUGGGUGGUGCUUCCCCAUCUGGGGCAGCUACUGAUGUUGCAACCACGGUCCACACCUCGUCGCCACAUCCUAGUGAGCUACUGCACCCUUUGAAAGAACUCCAGACACAGACUCCUCAUGAGGAAUCGGCAACCAUGGUACAUGCUGAGCCUGAAGAUACUUUUGACAACAGCCUAUACCGAAAUUACGAACACCACAGCUACAGUACCUAUACAUUUGCAGACAUGGAUGUAGAGAUGGCAAAGUAUCGUCUCCCUCAGCCUACCUCUGGAAGACCCUCGCCUCGACACUAGGAGAGCUCAGCUGCACAUACACACACACACCCAUAUAUAGUUAUAUAUACAUAUACGUAUAUACAUUUCUGUAUAUUGAAUUUGUGUGGUCCUAUGAGUUUGAGCGCAAAGAAGUAACAAAGAAAAAAAUAAAA